AUGGGACGACCAACGGCCACUGGUCGUGUGGAGAAGGUGGCGGCCCCUGGCGAGGGGGGUCGUCAGAAUACCCGAGCUGCAGUCCGCCGCAGUGCUCGUAGAGAUGAUGAAGACGAAGGUGAUGAGGUCCCUCAAGCUGGCCCAUUCGUUGCCGCCGGCCCUCCGACUGUCGUUGGCCCUCAGACUGUCGCUGGCCCUCCGACUGUCGCUGGCCCUUCUAGCGUAGCCUCGGCUACGAUGACCAGAGAUACCACCGCCGCAGCUGAUACCACGGUCUCACAAGCCGCACCAGCUGCUGUAACCCACUCUUUUUCGCAGAACCCGUACGGAAAACCGGCGCGCACACCUCUCCCAAGCGGCCGAAUCACCGCGGCUCCUACUACCUCUGCAACCUCCGCGGCUCCUGCUGCGACCGCCCCCGCCAUCAUGGCAAACGUCCCAAAUGCUUUUGCGACCGCAAUCGCCCCAGCCACUCUUGCACCUGCCACGGCAGGUGCUCAAGUCGCUCAAGCAGUCGCAGGUGUUGCUGCCCCCGCCAUCCCCCUAAAAUACGCACAACACUCCACGCCCCCCCAACCCGGGGCUCCGAUCCCUGGCGCCAAUGUCGUCAGUUCCCACUACUACUGCACCUUCCAAGGCUGCACGAAACACUUCGACAAUGAUCGUGGCUACAAGCGCCACUACAACGUCGAACACCUCGGUAACCGUUGGUAUUGCCUCGUUGCGGGCUGUGGAUGGAACAUCUACGAGUAUCGCAAAGCUGAUGUGAGGGCACACAACGCUAAGGAGAACGCAGCGGAGGUUGCUGCCGGAAGACAGCCAACUCACCCCCAGUGA